UGCAGAUUGUGUACAAGUUUACGAGUGUGUAUGAUAAUGUAAAUAAAUAUUCGGAUGAAGAAAAUUUAUCGAUUCGAAUCAGCAAAAAUUGUUUGCGGUAUCUAUUCAGGACGAGUUCAAGACGAAUUUAUGGCAAACAACGCAGAUACCCAUUACAUUCCCAGGAGUUUCUUAGCUCGUAUGGCUGCUGACAAAACCCGAAAUGACUUGGAGUUGGAAAACUGUGACAUGACGCAGUGGUACACUUUGAAUAACCCUCCAAGUCAAUAUUUAGAUAGAUUUGUAGAAAUGAAAAGUCCCGAUGAAAUUACCUUGGGAUGGCUUGAUAGGUCUAAAGAACUGUCUAAUAAAUUAUGGAUGCAGUUGUGGCAUUUAUUUGCCAAAGCAAUAUUGAGUUUUUUCAUGACUCAAACUGACGUGAAUGGCAUUCUUCGAAGAGGAUCAAUGUUCAUCCUUUCAGAAGUUCAAUUCCAGCGUUUGUUGUUGAAGAGUAAUUUUAGUGAAAUUCAUAACAACAAAAUGCGCUCUAUAAAUGUGCUGGAUAUCGGUGCUGGAGAUGGAGAAGUUACGUUACGUUUUGUGAAUGCCUUAGCUGCACUUUUUCCAUCAAGUUCGAUACAACUGCACGCAACUGAGUCUAGUUGGAUAAUGCGGAAUAGGUUAUCUGAAAAAAGUAUAACAGUUUUAGAAGACAUUCAACAUUUAAAAGACAUCAACUUUAUUGCCUGUCUUAACGUGCUGGAUCGUUGCAUCGAUCCACAUCAACUGUUGUUUGAUAUGUACAACGGAUUGGCACCUGAUGGAAGACUCCUCUUGGCAUUGGUUCUGCCUUACAGCCACUAUGUGGAAAAAAAUUCUAGUCACCUUCCAUUGAGACCACUUUUCGACCAUUGGCCAAACCACACGGGUGUAACUAUGGAGCAAGAAAUUGAAAAGUUUUUUAAACAACUAGAAAGCAUAGGUUUUAGAAUAUUAUCUUGGACUAAGGCACCCUACCUGUGUGAAGGCGAUCUUAAACAAGCAUUUUAUUGGUUAAAUGACAUUAUUGUUAUUUGUUCAAAAUAGUUCGGAACUAGUAGGUGUAAGCGUAGCUGCUGUAUGGUAGUACAAAAUGUUCAAAAAUAAUAAAUCUGUAA